CGAGAGGACGACCUGUUGAAGAUUUCAAAGCAAAACCGUUUCUGACAUGCACUUUGAUAAAUCGCCAAAAGAGAAGCAGUGUUGCAGUCUGCCCACAGUGAAGAAACUCUUGGAGCAGAAGAGAAGGCGAGAGACGUCGUCUGUCCCACCCUCCUGCUCUACAGCCAGCACAAGUCCUGCUCCUCCAGCUGCUGUUACACAGUUACCUUCAGCAGAACAGUUUACCUGUACAGGUGCAUCAAGCAGCUACUCAGACAUGGCAGUGAGCUAUGAGCAGUGGACCCCGGCACCAGAGUCUGGAGCUGGUUACUACCCCAGCCAUCCAGAAACCAGCUACGCUGCAGCCUACAGCCUCCCAAUGGCACCUGAAUACAUCAUACAGCAGCAGGUCCAAGGAUAUGCAGGCACACUGUCUCAAACAUACCAGGAGUGCCCUAUGAGUGCAGUCUCAGAUCCCGGCAUGGCUUCCCCUUGGUCUCUUCUGGGUCCCAGUCAGACCGCACAGCUGAGUUUUGGUUCGUCGAUGGACUCCACCAAGCUGGAACAGGCCCGGAUGCUGCUCAGCGGGAUGGAGUACAGCAGAGCUACUGGGCAAGAUGAAGACGGAGACACCAUCCUGCACAUCUACUCUGCCAAGGGGCUCAGGGAGUGUGCCUUUGCUGCUGCAGAGAGGCUGAGGGAUUUAGGCAGGCUUGAUGCCAAAGAACACAAGGGAAAGACUGCUUUACUGGUGGCGGUGACGGCUAACCAGCCAGAGAUUGUGCAAGAUCUGCUGUCCUUUGGAGCGGACAUCAAUGCCUGUGACGUUAAAGGACAAACUGCCCUUCAUCUGGCUGCCCAGUAUGGUUUACCUGGGGUUCUUCAGGCAAUUCUGUCCAGUAGUCCGACUGUCAACCUGGAGGCCCGCAAUUUUGAGGGUAUGACUCCUCUGCACAGUGCAGCCAUUUCUCACAAUGUUACCAUGAAGGCGUUGUCCAACAGUGGGCUGGCAGAUGUUGGUCUUCAGACCAAGGCUUCAGAGAAGCUCUCCUGUGUACAGAUGAUCUUCGCUUCCGGGGCGUCCCUAGUCAGCCAGGAAAUCAAAAGUAACAAGACUGUGCUGCACUUGGCAGUCAAGGAGGGGAACAUUGAGCUGGUGACUUAUCUGCUGAGGAUUCCCCUGCUGAACAUGAAAGACUUUGUCAACUUGAAAGCGCAUGGUCACACAGCUUUACACAUGGCAGCUGGUCUCCAUGGUAACCCCCAUCAGGAGGAGAUCCUGCAGCUACUCCUGCGCAGAGGAGCUGAUCCCAGUAUCCGCAACCUGGAGAACGACCAGCCAGCUCACCUGCUGCAGAGCGGCCUCCAGGGAGAGCGGCUCAAGCUCAUGCUGAAGAAACGAAGUGCUUCCUCUCGUCGACGUAUCGUGUCCUUGCAGGACCAGGAAUGACUUUAAAAUCCUCACUUGUAAUCCCCAUUUGGAGGGAAUGAGUUUUUAAGAUGUGCCUCUGUUAAGAGGAUUUACAGUUUAUUGUUAUGUUGCUUUGGGAAUCUCUGGCCUAUAUUUUGUUAACAAACUAGUUUGGCACAUUAAGCUUUAUAUAUCAUUUUCAUUGGAUUAGGUAAAUUAUGCUUUAAUGCAUAAAUCUUAAAUUCUCUGCGAUUUGGUGUCUCUAAAAGAAAUAUCUCUAUUUAUUAUUCUACGCAUGGUGCGAAUUAUUCUUGUGGAGGCGAAGCAUUUCAUUCCAAAAUGUGAAAAAAAAAUCGGACUAUAAGAGACAUUUUAAUUUAUGUAUUUAUUUUAACAAACAGAAAUGAAGAGCCUCUACAAACAGCAGAGGUUAUAGACGUCUCUGCGGAAGGUGGAGUAAUAUUCAUUCCCCCAACAGGUUUCACUCCCAAAUUAAUGUUGAUUUCUAUGAAAUCGUUUGUAUGACCUCCAGGACAAUGUCCCUGAAACCCCUCUGACUGUCAUGUUAAAACCCCCCAUCAUGAUAAGUUAUCAUACUGAUACACUGAGUGAUGGUAUUGAUUUUGGUCAGCAUGUGUGCUUAUGUUAAGAAUGCGUGUGUUAAGAAUGAGAAGUAGCUAUCACAUUUCUGUAUGCAUCAUACUUAUGUGUUUAACAUCAAGUACGUUUUUUUCUUUGUGGGAAAAGAAACUUGACUGUAUGCAAGACUAUUAUGUAUAUGAAACUAGUUGUGACAAAAAAGAGACAUUACGUGAGUAAGUGCGGUGACAAAUUGUCUGACUAACUGUAUAUUUUAGUCAUGAGUCAUGAAUAAAGGUACAAUAACACUUGGUAGGAUGGAAAAAAUACACCAUCCCACUAGAAAGGGAUUGUGUCAGUAGGAUUUUUAUUUGAAAACCAAAGUUUCCACUGAGGUUUACUGCCGUGACAAUACAACUUAGUCACAGGUGAGGUUUGUUUUUCACUCUAAUUUGAGAGAUUUAUUAGGAAUCAAGCUGCCUUUCACUUAUGUGUCAUCUCUAUAAGAUGUUAUACAUUCAUGUAAAGCCCACAGGAAAGAUCAAUCUUAUUAAUAAACAACCUAAUGAUAAUAUUGUAUAUUGUAUAUGAUGAUAAGAUUAUUAAAAGACAUUGAUAAAAUUAUCUUGAGUAGACAAGACCUUUAUUUGAAACAGGGGUCUUAUUUUUCAGCUUUACAGGUUAUAUAUAUAUACCUUUGCCUUUAGAUUCAGACUAAAUAAAUGACUACUACAAAAUUAACACUGUAUUACAUCCAUUCAAAUAUUUUUCAAAGCAUUUUUAAAAUAAAAAUCAUAACUGAACAUACCUUUAAUUUCUAAUCAAGAUAUUAUGCUAGCUAUUUCAUGUUGGCAUAUUUAAUUUAUUGGUUUCUUAUUUAUUUUGUCAUGCUAGAUAUCAACAGAAUUGAAGAAAAAUAACAGAAAAAGACAAUUGUUACAAUUGAUCAAAGUGUGCAGUUCCUUUUCUUCGACCUGGAGAUUUUGUUAGUUUAUGAAUAUUCAAUCAUGCUCUUAACUGAAUUGUUUUACAAGAGUGAGAUGAAAAGAAGAGCGAUAACCAUUGUUGCAUUUGUUUGAU